UAAAAGGUGUGCAUUUCCCUGAGUUGGUACCAUCUGGUAAAGUUACCUCCACCUAGAUACAACCCAACCAUGAAACUGAUCGCAGUCGCCAUUAUCGCUUGCAUCCUGCUCAUUGGAUUCUCUGACCUUGCCUCGGGAUCCCAGGCACCCCAGGGAUGUGGAUGCCAGCCUUGUGGACCUGGUGGCAAGGCCUGUGCUGGGUGUCCCGAAAAGGUCCAACUUUGUCAGCAGCUCAUCGGCGAUAUUCGCAAUCUCCAGCUGAAGAUCCGGCAGUGCGUCUGCGGAGAGCCACAAUGGAUGAUUUAGGAACCUGCUGCACUUAAAUAUCCUGAAACUCGUCCCUAAUAAAAUUGUUAUUACUACUGCAAAAACGAA